GAUGAAGUUAUUCGUAAACGUCUUUUAAUUGAUGGGGAUGGCGCUGGUGAUGACCGAAGAAUCAAUCUGUUGGUGAAAAGUUUUAUAAAAUGGUGUAACUCUGGAUCUCAGGAGGAUGGAUACACCCAAUACCAGCGGAUGCUUAGCACUUGUCUCAGUGUUCAUUCUCCAUGGGAAAAACUCUCCUUGUACAUGACAUGAACCUGCGGGAAAUGGAGAACUAUGAGAAGAUCUACAGUGACAUUGAGAGCAGUAUUGCAGCAGCACAUGAGAAAAUAGCUGAAUGUAAGAAACAGAUUUUACAGGCCAAGCGGAUCCGAAAGAAUCGUCAAGAGUAUGAUGCAUUAGCUAAAGUGAUACAGAAUCACCCAGAUCGUCAUGAGACAUUAAAGCAACUGGAAGCAUUGGACAAGGAGCUGAAGCAGCUGUCUCACACCAAGGAGAAUGUUGAAGACAAGCUGGAGUUAAGACGAAAACAGUUCCACGUCCUCCUCAGCACCAUUCAUGAACUCCAGCAAACCCUAGAAAAUGAUGAGAAACUGGCUGAAGAAUCUCAAGAUGUGCAGAUGGAAACUGGAACUCAGUAG